AUGCGCUCCAGCUCCACCUCCAGCUUCAGCAGUCCAGAAGCCUCAACAACCGAAAGCGACCACGAGGAGCGCAAACGCCGCCGCAUAAACCCACAAGUAAGAAUAAAACAAAACCCCCAACUAAUGGCAAUGAUUCGCGACCAAAAUGAAAAAGUACGCAGUGCCGGUCCCUCUUCGACACCAGAAUCUGAAAAUUCCAACACAUUCGAUUCGGAUGCACAGCCACCAUCGGGACAGCGUCAAUCUGCGCUAGAGAGAGUUCCGCGUAAGGUGUCGAAUGGAGAAAGAUGUAUUGAAGACAUUCUCGACGAACAAAAGCCGCUGGAUCAAUUCUUUUACGAUAAUCACCUGCAAAGAACUGACCACUUUAUGGGCCUCUCUCGUGUAAUCAUGCUUCAUAUGUUCAAGCGAGACAUAACGGGAAAUAUGUUUCUAAAAUUGGAAAAUACUUUUAGCACCACCACUCAUCAUUCAUCGCCAAUGAUCCACGCUCUACUGAAAUUGUGGACUGUUCGUCUCUUUAUGGAUAUAUUCAACUUUCGUACUGAGGAGGAGGCAGUGCAACAGAUCAAGGACCAAGCGGCGUACAGCACAUACAUGAACGCCAUAAAUAACGUGCCUCUGGAACCAGAUGUACAAGAAUUAGAGGAUAAGCUUUUCCAGUAG